AUGGUUUCUGCCAAGGAGCCAACGGUCGCUAUGUUGUCGGCUCUGUCGAUCAUCUUCGUACACUUCCUGUGCUGGGCGACCUGUCUCACCACGCUCCCGGGACAGCUCCGAAAGGAAGAGAAAUUAUGGCCGGAGAAUUUUACACGCAUCCUGGACCGUCUCUUGGAUGGCUAUGAUAACAGGCUGCGUCCCGGAUUUGGGGGUCCUGUUACUGAAGUCAAAACAGAUAUCUAUGUCACAAGUUUUGGACCUGUUUCUGAUGUAGAAAUGGAAUACACAAUGGAUGUUUUCUUUCGUCAGACAUGGGUGGAUAAGAGAUUAAAAUAUGAUGGUCCCAUUGAAAUUCUAAGAUUAAACAACUUGAUGGUUAAUAAAGUGUGGACCCCAGAUACUUUCUUUCGGAAUGGAAAAAAAUCUGUGUCUCAUAACAUGACAGCCCCAAAUAAACUAUUUAGAAUUAUGAGAAAUGGCACCAUUCUCUAUACAAUGAGGCUCACCAUAAGUGCUGAAUGCCCCAUGAGAUUGGUGGAUUUCCCAAUGGAUGGACAUGCCUGUCCGCUAAAAUUUGGAAGCUAUGCAUAUCCAAAAAGUGAAAUGAUCUACACCUGGACAAAGGGGCCAAAAAAUUCAGUGGAAGUCCCUGAAGAAUCUUCCAGUUUAGUUCAAUAUGACCUACUUGGGCAUACAGCAUCUACUGACACAAUUAAAUCUAUCACAGGUGAAUAUGUGGUCAUGACAGUACACUUCCAUCUCCGAAGGAAAAUGGGAUAUUUUAUGAUACAGACGUAUAUUCCGUGCAUCAUGACUGUGAUUCUCUCCCAGGUGUCAUUUUGGAUUAAUAAAGAGUCUGUUCCUGCCAGAACUGUUUUUGGAAUUACUACUGUGUUGACCAUGACAACUUUGAGCAUCAGUGCCAGGCAUUCCUUACCUAAAGUCUCCUAUGCCACAGCCAUGGAUUGGUUCAUAGCUGUAUGCUUUGCCUUUGUAUUCUCUGCAUUGAUUGAAUUUGCGGCUGUCAACUAUUUUACGAACAUUCAGAUAGAAAAAGCCAAAAGGAAGGGAGUGAAAUCCAUCCCCGAAUGUUCAGCAGCACCUGUUCAGAAGGAAAUUUGUACAGAGGAGACAUCCACGUGUACAGACUCAAAUUCAAAUGUGAGGAAAAGAACAAACACCAUAGUACAACCAGAUUUGGAGACUGCCAAAAGAAUUGACCCAGGAAACAAGUCAUUGCCUUCUUCUACAUUAACUCAGGGGCCCUUGGACAUUAUGCCCCGAUCGCCUUCAGCUUCAAGUCCAAACCCAUUCAGCCGAAUUAAUAUAUCAGAAACACUGGCGUCUGCGAGACCAACUCCUUCAGCUCCUCCAUCCACCCCAAUUUUAACAGGUUACAUCACCCAGCAGGAUACCAUGGAAUCCCUGUCAGUUCAUCAUUUACUUGGAUCUAGACUGGAGGAGAUUCAGACUACCACAAAUGCUUUGGGAGUGCACACAAAAUCCCUGGGCCUCAGUUCUCCUGCUCCGUCAGCCUCCAGCUCUGGCACCAGUAAGAUAGACAAAUAUGCACGCAUUUUAUUUCCUGUCACUUUUGGAGCAUUUAACAUGGUCUACUGGGUGGUUUAUCUUUCCAAGGAUACCAUGGAAAAAACAAAAAAUCUAAUGUAG